AUGCUGAGAGAACCUAUGAAAAGAUACGUGAGCGAAUACAAUCAGAUUCGUAGAAGAGGUGAUUGGGCCGAGCAAUUCAUAUUGUGCGAGAAGGAAGUGUUAAUUGUUCGUUCUACAUGCUUUGGCCACAUUCAAAAUUUUUCGGAGCUCACAUUGGAAGAGUUUGUCUACUGUCAAAAUCAAUGGUCAAAUAAUCGCAUGACAAGGCAUCUAGCCGAUAUGUCAAUCAUAGAAUGUGAUAAAAGUCUAUCAACUGAACAAAAGAAUCAUAUUAUGCUAGAAAGUGCCAAGAUUAAUUUGCAAUUAGGGCUCAAGGUAUUCGGCAUAACUGAAUAUGUGCCAGAAACUAUCUACCUAUUCGAGAAAGUGUUGGGAAUAUCCUUCAGUAAUAAAGAGCUUUUGAAAAAUAAAGAGAGCAAAUCUGAGGAUAGGAUCAAAUGUUUGGAUCAAGAUAUGUUGAUAAAAAUAGCGCAAAAUAACCAGUUGGAUGUAAAGCUCUACGAUUUCGCUUUAGAACUAUUUCGUGAAAGACUCACAAAAUUCGGAUAUAACCAGGGGAUGGUCUUAUGA